AUGGACAACAUCACCAUAUCCUUCAGUCAGAGGAGCGACGGUUCCGAUGAUUUGUCCAGCAAACGAUCCAAGGCAACUUUACUCCGCGAAAACCAUGCUCUCAACUUUCAAUUCUUGCGAGAGGGCAGUCUCUUUGACCGAUCCCAGCAAAUUGAAAACAUCAAACAAGCCUUGCAAAGACGACUUGCACCCAAUUCCAAGCCGGAAAUGAUACUCAUUGCUGGUUUGCCCGGAACUGGAAAGACGGUACUGGCACGCAAACUCAAACACCCGGUCCAAGAACAAGGGGGGUACUUUGUCAUGGGAAAGUUUGAUCAAUUAAAACAAUCCCAACCCUUUGCUCCUUUGGUGGCGGCCAUGACGGAAUUUAUCCGACUAGUUCUGAAACAAGACAAUGCCUUGGUGGACGAAAUUGCUUCACAAGUCUCAUUGCAAGUGGGAAACGACAUUGGAGUCUUGACCCUGUUGGUGCCAGCCGUAUUGGAAUUGGUGGGACGACCGGACGAAGGAUCCUUAUUUACCCUGAAGAGUGCCAAUGCCCAAGACCGUCUCAAAGGAAUCUUGGUCAAAUUCUUAAAGGCUGCUUGUUCCAGUAGUCAUCCGCUAGUUUUGGUCAUGGACGAUCUGCAGUGGGCGGAUUCUGGUUCGUUAGAAUUAUUGGAAGCAGUCGUCAGUGAUCAUGAUAAUCACGCUUUGGCAGUAGUAGGAACCUGCCGAUCCAAUGAGGUUUCCUAUGGACACGACUUGUCGGUGAUAUUACGACGACUAGAAGACGAACAGAAUGUAUCGAUAAACACCAUUGAUGUCGGUUGCUUGUCAAUUCAAGCUACCAACGCGAUGAUUGCCUCUGUCCUAAAAUCUCCAGAAUCCGACUGCUUUGGAGUCACCAAUAUCAUUUAUAGCAAGACCAAAGGCAAUGUCUUCUUCACGGUCGAAUAUUUGAAGGCCCUCUAUGUCGAAAAUGUGCUCAAAAAGGACCCCACCACUCGCAUGUGGUUGUGGGACGAUGAAAUAUGGGCGGCCAAGUUUGAGCAGGCGGAUACGAUACUCCACCUGAUCAUUGCCCGCAUUCAAAAAUUGCCAGAAGGAUGUCAAACAUUUUUGCUGUACGCCGCCUGUUUGGGGACGGAACUGGACGAAGACUUGCUGUUUCAGAUUUUUGGGGACACGCUCAAGGUGGGCGUCGAAGAAAAGAGUCACCUGUGCGACGCGGUGGGACCCGUGUCGCAGGUCAAUCUCGAGGACGCCAUUGAACAAAGUGUGCUCAAAGGCAUCAUUCUGAAAGAGCCGCAUUCGUCCACCUAUCGGUUUUGUCAUGAUCUAGUCAAGGAGGCAGCUUACAAUUUGGUACCAAAAAGCGAGCUACCUCGGUUGCACAUGUCGUUGGGGCAUUUUCUAAGCGAAACGUUCACCCGAGACGAGUUGGAGGACUAUAUUUUUGUGGUGGUGGACCAAAUGUGCCUUGGAAUGGAGUGCAUAACCAGUGAUCGGGAACAAACGCGAUUGGCAUCACUGUGUUUGUUGGCUGCCAAAAAGGCGAUAUCCUCCAGUGACUAUAAAACGUCGUUGAAUUUUUUGGAGCGUGGGGUUGCCCAACUAGACUUGAGACAGAGCUGGCGGGACGAGUACGAUAUGACGUUGGAGUUGUACAACAGUAUUGCCCAAGCUACAUUUCGUUUGGGUGAUUUUGCGGGCACCGACAAAGCCAUCAGUAUUGUCAUGGAGAAUGCCCGGUCAUUUCCUGAUAAAAUCAAUUGCGUGAUGCUACAGAUGUAUUCCUACGAAGUGAGGCUUCGAGUAAAGGAUGUCAUUGAGCUUGGAUUGGAUACCUUGGAGCAACUUGGAGAACCUAUUCCGAAAAAUGCUGGGACUCGCCACAUUGUCAUGGAGCUCUCCAAGAUGAAACGAACAUUGAAAAAGCGAUCCGAUUCUUCCAUUGCCGGUUUGCAGGACAUGACGGAUCAAACCAAGUUAUCAGCCAUGGGGGUCUUGAAUCUUUUGCUUACUUCCUCUUUUAUUGCAAUGCCAAAGUUAUUUCCGCUGGUGACCUUUAAGCUUUUGAAUCUAACUUUGAAUCAUGGUGCUUCGGCUGUAUCUUCAAUGGCUUGUGCCGGGGUGGGUGUUAUUAUGGCUACCAUUGGAGACAUUGACACGGGAUACCGGCUUGGGCAACUCGCACUAAUGUUCCUUGGGAGGUAUAAUGCAGUUAGGAAUGAAUGGAUUCCUCGAGUCUAUGUAUGGCAUUAUGCAAUGAUUGUCCCCUCCAAGGAACCUAUUGGACCAGUAUUGGAAAAACUAGAACAAGCACACCAAAUUGGAUUUGACUGUGGGGAUUUUGAAAUGGCUAUAUUUGGACUGUCCAUGCGCAUACUCUUUUCCUGGAUUGCAGGAUAUUCAUUGAUUGACUUGGAACCAAAGAUGAAAUCGGCCUUGGAGCUGAUGAAAGCUCGGAACCAAAGAUUAUGGUACGAAGUCUGCCACGUGUCAUACGAGGCAUUGUUGAUACUUAUGGACAGGGCUAGCGACCCUUCAGUCACCGGUGGUUGUCUAAUGGCGGAAGAAAACGGAUCUGAUAAACUGGAGCAGGUGCUGCAAACUGCAAAUCUUGAAGUUGGAGUCUAUCUGUGUGGAGUUCAUAUGCAUAAGAUGGUGACAGCUUAUCACUGUGGGGAUUUGGAUCUUGCGUUUGAAAUGGCCAAACGAAGCCGCAACGCAAGAGUGGUAUUUGGAAGGUCCCUUGCUGGUCCAUUCCAAGUUUCGUACGAUGCAUACAUUUGUAUGGCCCUGCUCAGACGAGGAAACUUCUCGCCAAUUAGAAAAUUGCUUCUGCUCCGUCAAGUCCACAGCUGCCUGUCGUAUCUAAAGAAGAGCGCUGCAUCGGCACCAGAAAACUACAUACACAAGAUCCUUUUGAUAGAAGGAGAGAUGCUGGCGUACCGCCAGAAGCCGGCACAAGCUGUCGCAAAAUAUACUCGAGCUCGAGAAGAAGCCUGCUCUCAUGGUUUCUUAGAUGUAGUGGCUAUCGCAUCUGAGCGAGAGGCGUUGGUGCGAAGGGACUUUGGGAUGGCAGACCAAAUGGAAAGUUAUCAGAGGGCAAUCGUGUGCUAUGAAUUAUGGGGCGCAUACGCCAAGGCAGCUCGGCUGAAGGAAGCAUUGUCUAAGGAGAAGUCAAAGGAGAACUCAGAGUAA